GUGGAGGGAGGGGGUGAAAAUGGCGCCCAGCUCGAAAUCGGAGCGGAACAGCGGGGCCGGGAGCGGCGGCGGCGGCCCCGGGGGAGCCGGAGGAAAGCGGGCAGCGGGGCGGCGGCGGGAGCACGUCCUCAAGCAGUUGGAGCGGGUGAAGAUCAGUGGGCAGCUCUCCCCUCGCCUUUUCCGGAAGCUGCCACCCAGGGUCUGUGUGUCCCUCAAGAACAUUGUGGAUGAGGAUUUUCUCUACGCAGGGCACAUUUUCUUGGGCUUUUCCAAGUGUGGCCGCUAUGUCCUCUCGUACACCAGCAGCAGCGGGGACGACGACUUCUCCUUCUACAUCUAUCACCUGUACUGGUGGGAGUUCAACGUCCACAGCAAGCUCAAGCUGGUCCGGCAGGUGCGACUCUUCCAGGAUGAGGAGAUCUACAGCGACUUGUACCUAACUGUGUGCGAGUGGCCCAGUGACGCCUCCAAGGUCAUCGUCUUUGGCUUCAACACGCGCUCUGCCAACGGCAUGCUCAUGAACAUGAUGAUGAUGAGCGACGAGAACCACCGCGACAUCUACAUCAGCACCGUGGCUGUGCCUCCGCGGGGCCGCUGCGCUGCCUGCCAGGAUGCCAGCCGGGCCCACCCAGGUGACCCGAGCGCGCAGUGCCUGCGGCACGGCUUCAUGCUGCACACCAAGUACCAGGUGGUCUACCCCUUCCCCACCUUCCAGCCCGCCUUCCAGCUCAAGAAGGACCAGGUGGUGCUGCUCAACACCAGCUACUCCCUGGUGGCCUGUGCCGUCUCCGUCCACUCUGCAGGCGACAGCAACUUCUGCCAGAUCCUGUAUGAUCACACCGCCUCCCCCCUGGCCCCGCCCACCCACCCUGGGCCCCGGAGCCCAGAGGUGUCCCCCGCCCUCCCCAGCCUCAGUCCGGAGACGGCCCCGACCCGGCCCUCCGGGGCCCCUGAGCCCUCGCCUGCCAUCGCCAAAGCCAAGGAGUUUGUAGCUGACAUCUUCCGCAGGGCCAAAGAGGCCAAGGGGGGGACCUCUGAGGAAACCCGGCCGCCCCCCUGCCCAGGGCCCUCCGCCAGCCGCUGCCGCCCAGCCUCUGAUACCCCAGUCCCAAGUGGGGAGGCAGUGCCUAGGGACAGCCCCCCAGCCGCGGAGGCCCCCGCCCCCGAGCCCGGCUACGUCAACUACACCAAGCUGUACUACGUGCUGGAGUCCGGAGAAGGUGCCGAGCCCGAGGACGAGUUCGAGGAUGACAAGAUCUCCUUGCCCUUCGUGGUGACCGAUCUCCGGGGCCGCAACCUACGGCCCAUGCGGGAGCGGACCGCUGUCCAGGGCCAGUAUCUGACAGUGGAGCAGCUCACGUUGGACUUCGAGUACGUCAUCAACGAGGUCAUUCGCCAUGAUGCCACCUGGGGCCACCAGUUCUGCUCUUUCAGUGACUAUGACAUAGUCAUUCUGGAGGUCUGCCCCGAAACCAGCCAGGUCCUCAUCAACAUCGGCCUGCUGCUCCUGGCCUUCCCCUCCCCCAGUGAGGAGGGCCAGCUCCGACCAAAGACUUAUCACACCAGCCUCAAGGUGGCAUGGGAUCUCAAUACGGGCAUCUUUGAGACCGUCAGUGUGGGUGACCUCACUGAGGUCAAAGGGCAGACCAGCGGCAGCGUCUGGAGCUCCUACCGCAAGAGCUGCGUGGACAUGGUCAUGAAGUGGCUGGUGCCUGAGAGCAGUGGCCGCUAUGUCAACAGGAUGACCAAUGAGGCUCUGCACAAAGGUUGCUCCCUGAAGGUUCUGGCCGACAGCGAGCGGUACACGUGGAUUGUGCUGUGAGGUCCGGCCGCCCUGGACACUGACUCCAACUACCUCCGCGGCCUGGGAGCUGGCCGCCUUCCCGGGCUGGCCUCUUCCCGGCCGGCCGCCGACCGGCACUAGUGUUAGGCUGCGGGAAGGGGGCUGGGCGGGGCAGCCCCUGGUGGCCUGAGAGUCUGGACGCUUUUUUAUUUAUGCCUAUUUAAGUUGGGAAAGGGCAGAGGGAGGGAGCCCCCUGCCCCCCAGCCUCAAGACCCACCUUCACCCCGAGCUGGGCCCGGGCCUGGCUCCUGUGCAUCUGCCCCUUUCCUUGGCUGCAGGUUUGCACGAGACCCUGGGGGAGGUGGGGUGGACCUGCCCACCCAAGGCUCCCCUCCUGAGGCGGGAACCUGCUAGCCGCCCCCACCUCUUCCUCUUCAUGUAGUAAAUGCUUUAUUUCUGAA